UAUUGAAUGGCGGAAAAUAUUGAAUUUGCAAAAUAUGGCGGAAAAUAUUGAAUUUGUAAAUGUAGAUGAAAGUUAUAAAUUUUCAGCAAUAAGCAGCUGUGAGGAAUAUGACCAUGUAAAGAAAUGUGUUUUAAAAUUGGAAGCGGAGGUUGAAAGUCUAAAAAAAGUCGACGGAAAGGUAAAAGGUCAUGAACUAAGUUGUCAGAUUGCCAAGAAAUGGUAUAUUGUAAACAGUAAAAAAACACAAGAUCUUGUAGCUGAAGAACAAACAAGUUCAGAAUUGCCUGAAGAAUUUAAAUCCAACUUGCAAUUUUUAGAGAUUUUGGAUUUACUGUCAAUGAUACAGAAAGAAGAGAGGCAACUUAACAUGGUAAAAUAUCAACUCUAUCUGGCAAAGAAAGAGCAAGAGCUUUCUGUGUUUAAAAGCUUGGUUUCCAACACUUCAACAAACAUACAUAGAAUCAAUGAUAGUCCACUUAAUGUUUGGUUUAGUGAAAUAAAACAAUGGAUGAGCACUAAUGAAUGUUGGAAAAUGUCUGAAGGUAAAUUUUGUGAUACAAGUCGAUUGUUUUAUGAUGUAAAAUAUAUGAAUGGUACACCGAAGACACAUGAUUCACUUGUUGAGAAGAUUUUGAAGAUGAAAAGUCGUAGACGCAAUCAAUAUAUGAUGGAAUGCUCAAAUGAAGAACUUUGUUUUUCUACCUUUCAUAAAGGAUUUCGAAUAAGGAUCUCAAUAACAGCAAGAACACAAGAAAACUGUGACAAAGAAAAGAGUUAUGAAGUUCAUUCAUCUUUACAUUUGAACUUUUUACUUGAACGUUUGUUGGAGUAUUUGAAAUCAAAGAAAAAUCUUCAAGACUUUGUUGCUCUUCACAUGUGGAAAGAAAUAGAAAAUUUGACCUCUUCAAUCAAGUCAUACAGACAUGAUGUCCCCGUUUGAGAUCGUCAGGUUAGCUACAAACAAGGUCAUUUCAAGUUACUAUUUUGAUUACUUCAUGUUACAAGUGAGAUUACGUCAUG